AUGCCGACCGGCUCAGACUGUGCACCAUUACAACGGGCACAGAUGCGAUGGAGGUGGUCUGCGGGGCCCCCAACGUUGCCGAGGGACAAAAGAUCUGCUUUGCCCCGCGUGGGGGCAUACCUGUACAACGCCCACAGCCGGAGGCAGGAAACCCUGGCGGCUGCGAGCAUACGCGGGGUUGAGUCGCAGGGGAUGAUCUGCUCUGAGCUGGAGCUGGGGCUUGGCGAAGACCACACCGGGAUCAUAGUCCUACCGGAGGAUGCCCCGCUGGGGGAGCCCCUGUCAGACUACCUAGGAGACACGAUACUUGACCUCGAGCUGACUCCCAACCGACUGGACUGCCUUUCGAUGCUUGGUGUGGCACAUGAGGUCGCGGCUCUCACUGGAGGCAAAGUCAGGGAACCGGAAAUCCAGUAUGCGGAAAGCGGCCCCCCCGUAGGUGAACGGGUCAGCAUAUCCAUCGCACAUCCCGACCUGUGCCAUCGCUAUACGGCCACUGUCAUUGAUGGUGUUCGCAUCGGCCCUUCGCCGCAGUGGCUGCAGGACAGGCUGACUCGCGCCGGACUGAGGCCCAUCAGUAAUGUGGUGGACGUCACCAACUUCGUGAUGCUGGAAUACAACCAGCCCCUCCACGCCUUUGAUCUCGACACUGUCAAGGAAGCCACGGUGAUCGUGCGGCGCGCCGGGCCAGGCGAAAAACUAACCACCCUCGACGGAGUGGAUCGCGACCUGACCACCGAUAACCUGGUGAUAGCCGACGCCAAUGACCCCAUCGGAUUGGGUGGAGUAAUUGGAGGAGCCAACAGCGAGAUCGGCUCGUAUACCAGCACGGUGCUGUUGGAGUCGGCCAACUUCAACGCCUCCAACAACAGAGAAACGGCCACUUCAAUGGGACUGCGCACAGAGGCCACGCUGCGCUUCGAAAAGGGGUUGCGUCCAGAGUUGGCGCCCAUGGCCCUGCGUCGCGCCACCGCGCUGAUCCAGGAAGUAGCCGGAGGAACUGUUGCGCCCGGCUUCAUAGACGUUUAUCCCGAGCCGCCGGAUUCGCCUCCAACAGUCACUCUGACUACAAGAAGGCUGAAGCAGUCCCUGGGAAUGGAUGUCGGAUUGGAACAGGCUCAGUCAGCACUUGACUUGCUGGGUUUCGCCUGCACCACGACUCCAGACUCGCUGGUGGUGACUAUUCCUUGGUGGCGUAACGAUGUGAACAUCGAAGACGACCUGGUGGAAGAGGUAAUCCGGGUCAUUGGAUACGAUGCGGUUCCGACCGUGAUGCUUUCCACCCCCAUCCCAUUUCACAGCCGUACCCAGGCAAUUACGCUCCGCGAUGACAUCAAAGACCUGCUGGUCGCCGGAGGAAUGCAGGAAAUCAUCAACUAUCCACUGGCCUCCUCCGAAUUGUUGGAACGUAUCGGACUAAACGAUUCAGCGGCCCCAGCGAUGCGCAUUGCUAACCCAAUGAGCUCGACCCACGAGUUCCUGCGACCGACCCUGCAGGCCGGGCUGCUAACAAUACUGGCUGCCAACCAGUCGAACGGAACGGGUCCCUUCCGUCUGUUCGAGGCUGGACGCGUCUUUCUGCCCAGGAGCGGCGAUCUUCCUGACGAAGCGGAGACCGUGGCAGGAGUACUGGCCGGCCGACGGGGCGGCGUGUCGUGGCUCGCGGACCCCGGCAGCGACGGCGAUAUGGACUUCUACGAUGCCAAAGGUAUUGUCGAGUUGCUGCUGGACCGGUGGGACAUUGGCGCUUCGUGGGAACUGGGCGAACAUCCGGUGUAUCAGCCCGGCCGGUGCGCGGUUGUGAAGUCUGGCAGCACUGUGCUGGGAUACGUUGGGGAGAUUCAUCCCUCGAUCAAAGAGAGAUUCGACCUGAAUUCCGGGGGCGUGGCAGGCUUCGAAUUAGACCUGCGGGCCCUGCUGAGUGCCCUGCCUGAGUCAGAGCGGCGGUUUGAAUCGCUGCCCCGUUUCCCGGUGGCAACCAGAGACCUGGCACUGGUCCUGCCGGUGGAUGUACCCGCGGGACGUGUUACCGAGUUGAUCCUGCGCAACAGGCUGAUACAGAGGGCGGAGCUGUUCGACAUUUAUUCAGGGGACAACCUGGCGCCGGGAACCAAGUCGCUGGCCUUUCACGUCCAUCUGCAGGCCGCGGAUCGCACUUUGACCAACGAAGAGGUCGACAAGUCUGUGGACGGACUUCUCAGAAACCUGGAGCGGGAGGUUGGUGCCACUCUAAGGAGUCAGGGGUGA